GUGGCGCCGUCCUGCCGGGCCGGGCCGGGCCGGGCCGGGCCGCCCCCGCUGCCGCCGCGGCCUCCCGCGGGACGCGGCCGGGCUCAUGGCGGCGCAGCGCGGCGCCCGCCGGCUCGGCGCGCUCGGGCUGCUCUGCCUGCUGCUGCCCGCCGUUUUGGGUGAGGACUGUGAGGCAUAUGCUGAUCAUCAUGGCAAGGCGCAACCUGCAGAAUCCUGUCCCAACUUCUGCUGUGGAGAUUGCAUGCGUCGAUACUGUUGCUCUAAUGUGCUACUGAAAUUUGAUGAAGGACAACAAUUUAAAUGUAAUCUGCUUGAUGGAAGGACCUCUGGCUCAGGCAAUGUGAAUUACCUGCAGUUCCGUGCAGACUUUGAUGAUUACAUAGACUCUGGCCCCAGACAUGUGCUUGAAUGUCUUCCAGAGGUUGGAAUGCUCUUGAAUCUUGACUCAAGACCGAGCAAGCACAACCGCAAAACCUGUAGCCAGCAGUAUGCUUGAUGCAAAGCCUAACUAAAUCCCCCAACUGAAGUGGGUUCUGGAUCAUGCUGUAUGCUGCUCACAUACUCUGGGACCUAGUCUGGCCUGUGUCAGAAAUAAUAGGAUUUUUUCUCUCAGCUUGAGUGAUAGUAAAUCUGGAGUUGUCAACAUCCUACAUCAACUAGAUCUGGUUUUCUCCCUUUAGAGCUAUCAUGACAAUAAUUUCCACAAAGAACAAUUGUGAAAGGCCAAUCUGAAAAUUGUGUUCCAUAGUGGAAGUGUGAACUCAUCUUCACUUAUAUUGUACUUUUCCUCUGUGAUUAAACACCAUCACUGCCCUCUAAGAUCCCUCCCUCUUUAAAAAAAUAAAAAAAGAAAUCCUGUACUCAACCACACUGGAGUAAAAGCAUCUUAAACACAGAACUCACUAAUGUUGUAGAUGUCGCAGAGCAGUAAGGGCAGCUGCCCCCUAAGGGACAGAGGGCCAGGAGCCCUCCAACGUCAGGCUGGGAAGUCCGUGCACCGGUCAGGGUCCUGAUAACAGGAUCCAUGCCAGACACAGCUGGAGACAGGCACACCUACAGCUUAGCUGAGGAAGGGACUGCAGGCCCAGGCCUGAGCUUAAAUGGAGCUCCUGGGCCCUGGGCAGAGGGUGUGGGGGGAGACCCCAGGUAAGGCUGGUAAGGGCCAUUAAGGCCUGUCAGUGCUCUCAGGGUCCUGACAGUAGCUGGUUGUUUUGAACACAGGAACAGUCACUGCUAACAGCUCACUCAGUGCUGUAGUCAAGUAAGAUUUUAGCCAUAAUCUAGUAUUAAUUUUAUGGUGCCUUAGUGUUGAGAAUGUCUGCCAGUUUUGUUGGUAUGUCUGUUCUUGUAGUCCUCAGAGAUAAGUAUGUCUUCCAGAGUGUUUUUGUUUCUGAGAACAAACUUAGGCUGAUGUUAUGUGAACUCUAAUAUAUAUAUAAAAGAGUCAGAUAGUUGCUGAGAGCUACUGUGUUUGCUUUUUAUUUAGUGCUGCUUGUACGUAGUUGACUACCAGAGAAAGUGGCACAUCAGGUUAAAUAUACCUAAAGCAAAAACAGGGGAACAACUCUUCUGUAACAGAGUAUUGCUAUUAAAAUAUUUCAGUUUCAUGUUUGAUCUGUUCAUAUAAAUUUAAAUGUUUAUCAUCA